GACGUCGUUCGGUGACAGUUCUUAAAAUGUUGCUCGGCCGUCGGCUGCUUUCCCGCCGCCACCGCCUCGCGCUCUGCCUCGCGCAGUGUCGCAGCCUCAAGACAGAACACCCCGCCGGGAGUGCCGUUCAGGACGCCGUGCUCUCUGCAUUCAGGUCUGUAUGUGGCGAUGGCGGCGUCUCAUUGGGCGAAGCGGUCCGAGAGCAACACGGCAAAGACGAGUCCGUCCACAGAUGUUGCCCCCCAGAUGUGGUGCUGUUCCCCCGCUGCGUGGAGGAGGUCAGCGCCCUGGCCAAGAUCUGCAGCCGCCAUCGCCUUCCCAUCAUCCCCUUUGGCACCGGGACGGGCCUGGAGGGAGGAGUCAGUGCAGUCCAGGGCGGCGUGUGCUUCAGUCUGAGGAACAUGGACCGGGUUCUGGACCUCCACCAGGAGGACUUUGACGUGACGGUGGAGCCCGGCGUGACCCGGAAGGCCCUGAACGCCUCGCUGAGGGACACCGGCCUGUGGUUCCCUGUGGACCCCGGGGCCGACGCCUCCCUGUGCGGCAUGGCGGCCACCAGCGCGUCCGGCACCAACGCCGUGCGCUACGGCACCAUGAGGGAGAACGUGGUGAACCUGGAGGUCGUGCUGGCCGACGGGAGCGUCGUCCACACGGCCGGGAAGGGCCGGCGUCCCAGGAAGACGGUGGCGGGCUACAACCUGACCAACCUGUUCGUGGGGUCGGAGGGCACCCUGGGGGUCAUCACCAAGGCCACGCUGCGCCUGCACGGCGUCCCGGAGGCCGCCGUGUCGGCCGUGUGCUCCUUCCCCUCCGUCCAGGCCGCCGUCGACAGCACGGUGCACAUCCUGCAGGCCGGCGUGCCCGUCGCUCGCAUCGAGUUCCUGGACGACGUGAUGAUGGACGCCUGCAACCGGUUCAGCUCUCUGUCGUACGCCGUGAGCCCCAGCCUGUUCCUGGAGUUCCACGGCUCGGAGGGAAGCCUGGAGGAGCAGGUCCACACGGCCGAGGAGAUCUCUCAGAGCAACGGCGGGUCGGGGUUCCAGUGGGCGAAAGACGCCGAGACGAGGGAGCGGCUGUGGAGAGCUCGCCAUGACGCCUGGUACGCCAGUCUGGCCCUCAGGCUCAUGUGUGUGUGUGCCCCACAGGCGUACUCCACAGAUGUGUGUGUCCCUCUGUCUCGCCUGCCUCAAAUCCUGGUGGAGACGAAGGAGGACCUGGUGGACAACGGGCUGACGGGUCCCAUCGUGGGCCACGUGGGUGACGGUAACUUCCACUGCCUGAUGGUGGUUGACCCCGGUGACCCCGAGGAGAUGCACAGGGUCCACCUCUUCGUGGAGAGACUGGCCAGGCGAGCCCUGGCCAUGGACGGGACGUGCACAGGGGAGCACGGCGUGGGCUUGGGGAAGCGAGCGCUGCUGUGUGAAGAGAUGGGCCCCGUGGGGGUGGAGCUCAUGUGGCGUCUGAAGGACGCCAUCGACCCGAGGAACCUGAUGAAUCCUGGGAAAGUUCUCCUGCCGAGAGCGAUAUAGGCCAACU